AACAACGCGAGCCCUCGCUUAGCAGACCUGCAUGCAAGCUUCUGUAAACAGUCAUGAUCCUCAUUUGCGCCUUUCCGCAAGCCAAGAGCCGCUCGUCGUUCAGGGGGCUAGAAACUUCGGGACAAAAGGCACUAGGAUGAGGGGCGAGGGGUUGGCGCUGUGUGGUCUCAUUUCCUUGCUCGGUCUGACGCUGCUGCGAUCCACUCACAGCCAGCACCUGCCCGAGGAGCCCUGCUCGGUCCAGAUUCUGGUUCCGGGACUCAAAGGUGAGCCAGGAGAGAAAGGGGAGAAGGGAGCACCUGGGAGGCCAGGUAGAGUGGGACCACCUGGAGAGCCAGGGCACCCUGGACUCAAAGGGCAGAAAGGCCUGAUAGGACGUUAUGGGAAGAUGGGGCCCAGUGGCACCAAAGGUUUAAAGGGAGAUAUGGGAGAUCCAGGGCCACAGGGACCAGCCGGAGACCCGGGUGUCCCCUGUGAGUGCGCCCCGAUUAGGAAGAUGAUUGGAGAAAUGGACAUCCUUGUGGCUCAACUGACGAAUGACCUGAAGUUCAUUAAAAAUGGUGCUCAUUUUUCAGCACUGCCCUCCCCCGCAGCUGUCGCCGGCCUGAAGGAGACGGACAGCAAGGUCUACCUGCUGGUCAAGGAGGAGAAGCGCUACCUGGACGCCGAGCUCUACUGCCAGGGGCGGGGCGGGCACCUGGCCAUGCCCAAGGACGAGGGCGCCAAUGCCGCCGUUGCCGCCUACAUCACACAGGCCGGCCUCAGCCGCGUCUUCAUCGGCAUCAACGACCUGGACCGCGAGGGCCACUUCGCCUAUGUCGACCGCUCCCCCAUGACCACCUUCAGCAAGUGGCGCGACGGCGAGCCCAACGACGCCUACGAGGACGAGGACUGCACCGAGAUGGUGGCCACGGGGGCCUGGGUGGACGUGGCCUGCCACCUCACCAUGUACUUCGUCUGCGAGUUCGACAAGGACGCCGUCUGACCUCUGCUCUGCGGGAGACAAGGGUGGCGUCGUCUCUUUGGCCGCCCUGUCUUUUACUCUCCUCUCUUUCCUUUUACGGGACUUUCGGUGUGCUGUCACAGAGCCAUCAUGCUGUGAGGACAUGCAAUGGUGUGGAGCAAUGGGUAACCUGGAAACUGGGCUUGUAGCCACAAGGUUGCGGGUUCGAGUCAUGGGUUGGUCACAGCUGUUGAGCGAGGAACUUCUGUUUUGCUUCAGUAAAUAUCCAGCCAUGUAAAUGACAUUUGAUUUGAAAACUAUGCAAAUAACCCUGGGCAAGGGCAUCUGCUAAGUAAAUAAGUAAAAAUAUUGCUAAUAAUAAUAAUGACACUACAAAAUGAAACCAGAACUAUGUGCUCUUAUCAUGACAGUGCUGAUGAUUUUGCUGGAGCUGCUUUCAUAAGCAUGUAUGUAUCAUUUCUUUCUUGUGUUUUUUUUUUUUUUUACAUAUAAACAUGCAAACCUGUUAUAUGUUAUGAUUACUUUGUUGUUUAUAAGGACCGUUUAUAUGUAUCAGUUGACUGAAUAUUUCUAUAAAACCUCUAUUCAUUUAUUUAUUGGUGCACUGAUGUAUAAGCUGCCACACACAUGAAAAGUGGAAACGACAGCAGAAAGCAAACUUUGCAAAAUGUGCUGAAUGUAUAUUUCUCUCUUUUAAUUCACCUUCUGUUGUUUUUCUCACAUUUUCCUUUGAUAACCAAAUGCAGUUUUGCUUUCCUCUACAUGUAUGUUGCAGGACCAUGUUUAUA